AUGGCCAGCAGACUUUCUCAGCCUGAGAAUCAAGAACUAUGGAUUGUGCUCACUGGGAAGACUGGAGUUGGGAAAAGUGCAACUGGAAACACCAUCUUGAGGAGAAAAGCUUUUCCCUCUAAGCUGUCCUCUUCCUCAGUGACAACAAAGUGCAAAAAGGAAAAUGGACAGUUUGAUGGUCUGUCUCCAAGUCUGUUUCCCACCACAAAUCCACAGGGCCACCCUGGUUGGUUUGACAAAACAAAACAAGAUGAUGUGCUGAAAGAGGUCAUAAAAUGCAUCUCAUUUGCUGCUCCUGGUCCUCAUGUGUUCCUGGUUGUGCUCUAGCUGGGCAGAUUCACACCAGAAGAACAGAAAACAGUGGAAAUCAUUCAGGGAAUCUUUGGCAAAAAGAUAGAGAGGUACACUAUGGUCCUGUUCACCCAUGGAGAUGAUCUGCAGGCUGAAGGAGGCUUUAUAGAGGAAAUAAUUGGUGAAAAUCAAAAUCUCCAACAAUUCAUCCAGUAAUGCCAUGGAGGGUAUCAUGUUUUCAUCAACGGAAGCGAGGAUUCAUCUCAAGUUGCUGAGCUGCUGCAGAAGAUCAAAAAUAUGGUGCAGAGAAAUUGAAGAAGUCAAUACACCAGUGAAAUGCUCCAAGAGGCUGAGGAAGCCAUAACAGAAGAAAUGAUAAGACUUAGGAGAAAUAACCCCAAUCUGACACUCAAAUAUGCAAGAAUAAAACCUGAGGAAGACAAUUCUUUUAUUAAGCAGCUUGGUCCUACUCUGAUACCUGCAGCUGGAACUGCAGCUGGGACUGUUACUGGAAGGUACAUUGGAAAUGCAGUGGGAGCAUCUGUUGGUGGUCCAGUGGGAGCUGUGGUGGGAGGUGUUGCAGGGCAAGCAC